CCGUGUAAAUUAUCAAUACAAACAAGAGCUUUGUGGGCUAGCGCAAUUGCUAAUAAAACAUGUGUGUAUACAAUUUAGUUCAAAGCAAGAAAUUUAAGAUUUGUUGAAAAAGUAAAUCAUCUGAGUAUUAAUAUUUUUAUAAUGAAUAGUUCAUAACAAAGAAAAAAUUUAAAACAUUGACCAUUGAAACACUGAAACAUAGAUUCGAUGAAAUUAGAGCGUUUAGUACUUCAAUAAUAUAAAUGACAUAGAACUGUCAACGCAAUUUUGACAUUUUGCACCACGUGUGUUUGAAAAUAGAUGUCAACCGAGCGUAGUUGUUUAAAAUUAUUCUGAAAAAAUUAUGACUAAAAUAAAAUGCAAAAUAGCCGAUAUAAUAGAAAAUCCGGCUAAAAAGCAGAAACGAAAUCCAGUCAUAGUUCAAUUCCAGAAUGGUUCACUCAGCAAUGAAUUUGCUUCAGGUCUGGAUGUUUGUAUCGCAAAGGAUAUUCAAAAUGAGAACACAUCGUCUUUGUUACUUGCCUUGUCCAAAGAUAAUGUUUAUGAUGGACUUAUCGAUAGAAAUCCCUCAUGUAAUUUGAAGAAAACAUUCAUUGGUGUACGUAAGAAAACAUCUGAGGAGGUGAAACUAGUAGAAGUUACUGAAUGCAGUAUGAUGAGUCAUAUAUAUCGCCAUAACAAUAUCUGUUACACACAAAACUUAAACUCAUCCAACGAACAUAGCCAUAUGAGCUCAGAAAGUGCACGGCGGAUUUUAUUCAAAGAUUUUGGUGGUAAAAAGGCAAUAAAAGUCCUAGACCGCAAAGAAAAGAUGAAAGUUAAUGUUGACGCUGUGAAAGAACAACUGGAUAAAACUUUAUUAGAUAUUAGCCAGAACCACAUUGUAAAGAAAGACGAGUUUGACCGAGGAAAAGAAGAACAGGAUCAUAUAUUACAGGAAUUGGUACCAAAAAUGAAUGCAGACGCUACAAAGUUGAUCGAUGUUUACAAUUUAAACGAACUAAUCGACGUGGAUAUACUAGAAAGUUUGAAUGAUGCAGCAUUGAAAGUAUUGGGAACGAGCUCGCAGGAUUUACCAAUCAAACCAACAUUUUUGUCGAAUAUAAUUAAAUGGGUUCAACAGGCCAGAUUUCCAGAAGAUAUUGAUAAUUUGAAAAGGGUUAAAGCUUGUAUUUAUAUCGAUGCAUUGCUCAAUUACUUCAAACAAGUUAACCAAGUGCAUCAAAAUUCAAACAUAAAAUUGAAGCCGAUAUCACAAGUAACGUCGAAACUAGAUUCACAUAUCAAAAAAAAAUUUUCUCAGCCAAACAUAAACAAACCGACAAAAACGAAUUACGUAGUACAUAAAACAUGUUGCUACAUAAUCGUUCUUUCUCUGUUGGUAUCUGACAGAUAUGAAAUGGAUAUCCAAAAUAUAGUCGAAGAGACCGGUAUAUCAAAAACCAAUUUAUUCAAAAUGAUGAACAGCAUUGCCGUACGUCCAAAGGCCAAAUCUAGCAUCAUAAGCAUUCGUAUGCCAAGUCAACUGAAAUCAUUUGCAACAAAUUUCCGUCGUCGCCGCACUCUAUAAUUUUGUUCUCCAUAAGUUUUGAAAUAAAAUAUACGCAAUCUUUUCAUCGAAAAA